CAAAAACACUGCUUGCUCAUUUCCUUUCCUGUUCUCCUCUUCUCUCCAAGAAGUCUACCUAAACCCUAGCAAGCUUCGGUCGCGCUGAGUUACGCUUACCUCCUAACGAUGAGCGGUUUCAGGCGCUUCGAGCUCCUUGACUCCCCUUGCUCCUUCCUCUACCGCGAGAGCUAUCUCUGGUCCCCCACUCCACCCUUCUUCCCCCCCUUCUCCUCCUCCUUCGCGGGGGCGGCGGCGGCUGCGAUCGCCGAUGAGGAGGUGGAGCGCCAGCUAGGGUUCGCCGCGGAUCUCCUAAACCCUAUCCCUGACCCCCUCGAUCUCCCCGUCCAAUGCCUCCUGCCCUCGCCGGCGAUCUCUUCCUUCGAUCUCUUCGACACCGCCGCCGAUCUGAUCCACUUUCGGCGGUUCCAGGAGCGGGCGGAGACGGAGGUCCAGCUCCGGAGCCUCUGCGAUCGCGUCACCGCCCUCGAACUCGGGCUCGGGCGGGCCCUGGGUUCCUCUUCCUCCAGGCUCGACCGUAAGUACACAUGGACGGCGGAGAUCAAGGGGGCGAAGGAGGAGGGGUUUGAUCGGAAGUACAAGUGGGUGGCAGAGGCGAAGGGCGGGGCCGAGAGGAACUUGAAGUGGAAGGCGGAGUUCAAGGGACAGAAGGAGGACGGGUUCGAUCGGAAGUAUAUGUGGUUGGCGGAGAAGAAGGGGGAGGCGGAUCGGAACGUGAAGUGGACUGCAGAGAUCAAGGGGAAGGGGAAGCACGCGCCGGUGGCGCACGCGUAUACGUUCAAGGCGGUGGAGAAGUCGGCGGCGGCGGAGGAGAAGGGGGAGAAGAAGGGAAAGAAGAAGGAGAAAGAGGCGGCGGCUCCACGGGUGGUGGAGAUCGAGGACAAGAAUCCGGGCGCCAUCGCCAUCAGGAAGGCUUUUGCCAAGAGCAGUUACAAGGGUAAGAAGAAGGAAUUAUCGCCACAAGAUGCUGCCUUGAUAAUUCAGGUGACUUUCAGGGCCCAUCUGGUUCGGCGUUCUCAAGUGCUUCGUUGCCUUCGCGAUCUGGCAGUGGCCAAAGGCAAACUUAAGGAAAUCAGGACCUUAUUCUAUAAUUUCUCUUAUCGUCGUCGCAUAGCAAAUGAUGAGGAAGAACGCCAGAGGUUCUCUGAGAAAAUUAUUGUUCUUCUCCUCACUGUUGAUGCCAUUGAGGGACCGGAUUAUAUGGUUCGAGCAGCAAAGAAGUCAAUGGUUGAGGAGCUAGAGGCAAUGCUUGAGCUUGUGGAUCCACAGCCUCCUGGUAAGCUGGGUUCCUUGAAGCGUAGAAGAUUUGAUCUUCCUGAUUGUGGUCCCAUUCCGAAAGAGCUGAUCGCUGGUGUGGAAGUGGUUGUCCAGAUGCUUGAACAAGAAGAUAAUUAGAGCAAUGCUUUCUAGCGAGAUGAUAAACCUUCUACCGUGAAACCUCCUCUCUGAGAGAGGUUUUCAGAGGGUCUGUGGUUUUUCUGAGCAUGAUGGAUUCUGCUUAGGACAUCUUUGUUGUAUGGUUAUGAGUUGAGAUAUGAAACUUAUCAGGAAGGCUUGCUAGACGAAUUUUUCUUUUAAGUUAGACAAACGUGCUACUACUCUUGCUUAGUCUAUGAUAACUCAAAUUAUGGUGCCACUGCUGCUAUCAUUUGCUGUUAAUCCGACAGUCAUCAUGCCUGUGGAUUAGCAGAAGCUUUGUGGAAUCUGUAUGCUCUAAUGCUUUUUAAUGCCAGUAGUAGUUUCAUUCCUGAUCA